AUGCUGGUACUCUACGGUAGAGAUUAUCCAAACUUUUACUUGAGGGAAUUAGGUAAUACGGGCGUUGGUAAAGGCACUUUCGUCAAUUAUAUGCUUAGGCAUGAAAUGUUCAGAGAUGCAGAAUCUGCAGCUGUAGAUACCUAUGGUCCUGCUACCUUUACGAUCGGUUAUGAAAUGCGGCCAGAAAUCUUAUAUGCGAAGCCAUUUCUAAGCGAGAAAUAUCCCUUGGUUUUCAAAGAUUUCCCCAGAUUUCAAGAUAAUAGAUUAUCAAGCGAUGCAGUUGUGACUUCUAUUAGCACUGAAUUGGCGGUUCGAAAUGCUCAUCAGGAGAUUAAAGAGCAGUCUAAGCAACUAAAAAAUGCUAUUAAAACAUAUCAGGAGAGUAAGAAUCGGUCCGAGGCACCAAAAACUUUGAAAUCAGACCUUGAGAAUCACCUUUCUGGUUCAGAAGAUUCAACUAAUUCAAUAAAAACAUCGGAAGAAAUCCCAACUCAAAAUAAUCAAUUAAAGAACAUGAGCUUAUGCGAAAAUGGAAGCUUAUAUCAAAACCAGACACGAUGCAGUACAGAAAAUUCCAUCACCCUAAAAUUUAACAUGUCGAGUAGCUCUUUUUAUCCUUUUAAAUCUCUGUUUUGUUUGCAUUGCGGAGCUGGUAGCCGACAUAACAUUCCUAGUCCACUAGGUCUGUAUGAAAAAGGGCUAGUAGAGGCGGUAGAUAGAGUCGGUUUUCGGUUUGCUGAAGUAGCACUUGCCUCGGGAGUGGUCUGGCUUUCUGAUGUUAUUGCAGUUGUAGACACUUACAUAGCAUAUAACUCUUAG